AGGGGACCGACACGGAGCACCCCUCGUUGCCUCGCUAGUGGUUCAGUCAGCGUUUCGCACCGGCGUCGCUUUACCUACGCUCCUCGCUCUUGAUUCCCGUCGGGCACGUCCUCGCGUGCACAUCAUCGUAUGCCUGGUCGUCUCGUGAAAUCAAUGAGCCCCCGUAUCGGUAGGCAGCUCCGGGCCUCGUUCGAAUAAUCGCGGUCAUAAAGCCUUAUCGUAUCGGCGCGAGAUAUCUGCCGAGAGAGGAAGAGAGGAAAGAAGAGAGAAAGAAAGAACGAGAGCUAAUACUCCGAUAGUCGAACUCGUGUGGAAAUUUUACCCGUCGGAGCUGCCACUUGUCGCUGCUUUGGUUCGAAAGGGACGGAGCGAGAGGGACAAAGGAGCGGCGGAGAGAGAUCGAAAAGAAAAAGAAAGGGAGAGUUGCAUCGCAACGAGCGCAGCGAGAGGAGCCAGAGCGUGGACGAGAUCGAGAGAAGCAAUUGAGGACCUGUACGGGUCCUUAACGUUCAGGACGGUGCAUGUCUCGGACCCCGUUUUUCAGCUUUUCCUCCGGCAACGCUCUGUCCACGUUCCUGAGCUGGAGGCGUGCGGCCGACUUCUGUGUUGCGUGCAGAGGCUCUGCAGAAGCGGAAGUGCAGCCGACGAGCCCGAGCGUCGGAUCAACCGUGGUCGGCGAGGCGCGCAAGCGGAGCCAGAAGUGGAUGGUCCCUCGGGCCCAGAGGAUGGAAUGCUCGCUAUGCCCGUCAGCCCAAGUCCCGCGUCCACCUCGUCGCAGGAGGACGCCUGCAAGCCGCCACCGCGUAACUGCUAUCGCCUCGUUAUGCUUGGCAGCGCCCGCGUUGGAAAGACUGCUAUUGUAGCACGGUUUCUGUCCAACAAAUUCGAGGAAAGCUACACGCCAACGAUAGAAGACUUUCACAGGAAACUCUACAGGAUCAGAGGCGAGGUUCACCAGCUUGAUCUCCUGGAUACAAGCGGAAACCAUCCGUUUCCGGCCAUGAGACGAUUGUCGUUCCUGACGGGGGACCUGUUCGUCGUGGUGUUCAGUAUGGACUGUCGGGAAUCCUUCGAGGAAGCGAUCAGGCUGAGAGAGGCGAUCCUCGAGACCAAAGUGAGCGCGACCCAAAGUGCGACGAAAAGCAGGAGCCGAAGCCACUACAGCCUGAAAGUCCCUAUGGUCAUCGUGGGGAACAAAUGUGAUAAAGAUGUAAAGACGGUCACCGUGGAGGAAGCCGAGCAAUAUUGCGUAGGCCAAGACGAGUGCUGCAUCUUCGUGGAGGCUUCCGCAAAGCGGAACUACCACGUGGACGAGCUUUUUUACCAGCUGUUCGUGGUGGCGGGUCUACCGCUGGAGAUGGCGCCGAAUCAUCACAGAAAAGUACCGCUCACCUUCGGCUCGCCCACCAUGUUGCCACCGUCGCAGCCGCGGCACAAAGCCACUCUCAGCAUAAAACGCCGGCUGAGCGACGCUUGCGGCGUCGUCGCGCCGAACGUGCGUCGGCCCAGCAUCAGGACGGACUUGAUGAUCAUGAGGACGAAGACGUGCUCGCUCGCGGCCGGGAACGAGAACAACGCGCCGGGAUCCAGGAUCACGCUGAGAACAUCGGAGUCCAGGAAGGCCUGCACGAUACAGUGAUACGACUCUCGGACGAUUCUCGCAGGCAAAUUACGAGGGAUACACGCGCGUUACACAAAAGCGAUCUUCGGAAACGAGGUACCCAUCUGUCUCUGUCCGCUGUAACGUUGUUGUCGCGAUAUCGCCGCAUGAGCGACGUUUGUCCUUAUUACGAUUUCCUUGUCGUUUCGGCGUUCGCGCGCUAUCAUCUUGCUGUGUUUCUCAUCCAGAUUUCUUUCGAACGUCUCUCGCGGGGCGAGAAGGAUCAAGCUUGUUCAACGGUCUCGGAGAGAUUGUAAAUACGUUGUAAAUUGUGCACACGAUUACAGAACACUCGGGAGAUUGUGCGGUCGUCAGAAUUCACCGCGAAGAUACAAUGCGGCGGGGCGAGAACACUCGCGAACGAAGAUCGCCGAGGGAAAAUCAUAUUUAAACCGACCACGCUACUCGCCUUAAUUAAUUAACGGAAUAUAGCUUUAGCGUAAUGUCCCGAAGGUAACACGUAUAAUUAACUUAAGAUGUAACCGAGGGAGAGAGAGCGAGAGAGAGAGAGAGAGAAAGUGAGAGAGAAAGAGGGAGAGAUAAAGGUAAGCCGUUGCGUUAAUUAAUCGUCGUCGAUCAAACACUUAACGGGAAAUCGAUACACUGGCGCGAAUAAGAUCGUUUGACAUUCGAUCACAGGCUCCUCCGGCAAUAGCGGGAUGAUCGAAUUGCGCAUGAAACAGCACCCACUCCUCCUGUAUUAGGAUAUAAUUUGUAUCGAAAUCAUCCUCGACGCGAAAUCACCACGAGGAAUCACGAAUCGCGUUCACGGCGCGAGAGGGGUCGAAAAAUGUCAGUGCGCCGCGUCUCGCGUACGAGAGAGAACGCGAUGAAAGAGCUUUUACUGAAUUAGUUAACUGCGCCCCUCGUAGCCUCGCGCGAGUUCCGGCACGCGAAGAAGAAGCGACGUUAUACCCAGCCGACGAGAGACCUAGAACGCUGCUGUAAUUCCACUAAUAGCACUCGAUCUGCGGAACCGGGGAAUAUUCGUAGCCGUAUUCCGCGCCGAUAUGUCCGCUGAUUUUCCUCGCGUGCGCACGCGUGCACUUGGAAAAUACGCGCGAAUGGAUUCGUGGCCGAGAAUGGCGGCCCUUUGUCGGGGCAUACGCGUCGCGGUUCGUCCACGUCGGUUUUGUCCAUUCGCACGUGGCCACGCGGUCAGUAAAACCACGUUUAUGAUGUAACGAAUCACGGCCGCGUCGCGCGCCAAACGUACUUCGCACGAAGUCAAUCGAUAUUUCCCUAUCUCGACCUUCUUUUCUAUGCAUCUCGAACUUGUUAAAACCUAUCGAACGAACACGCGAAAUUUAUCCCUCCAUCGGUUGCGCGGCAUAUCCGAGGCAAAGAGGAAAAGAGAGAGAGAGAGAGAGAGAGAAAGAGAUGAUCGAGCCUUUCAUGUAUAAUUCAAUGGAAUUGCAAGACGAAGGGUCACGCAAAACGUGGGAUAUUAAGUCUGAAAAAUCAUGUUCGAUUUCCGUAAUGGGGGAAAAUCAUUCAUUCGUGACUAAAGCUGCGUUUUUCUUUGGGUGUCCGCACGCUGUAAGCGUCAUUCUAUUUUUAUUGUUCCUCAUAUGCCAAAGGAAGAUAGAAUGACACAGCGCAUGAACGCUCAAAGAGUAAGAACGUGGCCUAAGUUUAAACGACUUCCCGCCGUUUUAUCAAUUGAGAAAGCAAGCGAGUACAUUUAUUCGACGAGCGAAAAUUGUGUCUCACAUGUAUACUCGUAAGGAUUCGCUCGACGGUUCGCGAAAUUCACCGGACUUUGUGCAGUUUUCUUUGAUCCUCCGUUUGAGGAAAUACACUUCUUCUCCACGUACCAUUUAUCGCGCGGAUGCGCCACGACCGGUGGAGUAUCGGAAGCAUAUAGAGACCCGCGAACGUGGAUGAAGCAUCCUUUCUCCUCCCAUAAAUUCGGCUACUCAGUUACUCUCUAAGGUACAAUCGACGAUUCGACCAAUUAAGCGGCCCAUAAGCCGCGACUACAAGACCGAAGAGCGCAAAGCAAAGCUUCAUCGGAACAGAGCUACGUCGCCGCAAACGGUAACGAUAAGAAGAUAAAAGAAUAAGAAGCGGUAAAGAUAAGAAGAUAAAAGAAUAAGAUAAGAAGAUAAAAGAAUAAAUAAAUAAAUAAAAUAAAAGUGAUUAGUGUCACGAACAUGCGCGAUCGUGCUCGCAUUUUGU